UGGGCAGGGAUCGAGGACCACCUCAUGACAAAUGACAUCGGAGAGAUGGAAGACUAUGCUGACGACAUCGAUACUCUACUCGUAUUUGCCGGUCUGUUCUCGGCCAUCCUAACCGCAUUCCUUGUCGAGACAUAUCCCAUGCUCCAAGCCGACAACACAGAUACGACUAAUCAACUCCUCGCCAUCAGCGUGGCUACCCAGCUGCGCACUGCUGGGACCGUCGUCGCCGACACCCUCAAUCAGACCCUCACCACAUUCUCUGACACUCUCACCACUCCAUUCUCCCCUUCUACCGCUUCUCGCUGGAUCAACGCCCUGUUCUUCCUCAGUCUCAUCUUCGGCCUCGCAGCUGCACUGUUCAGUAUCCUGGCCAAGCAGUGGAUCCGCGAGUAC